AAAGUCUCGAAGAAAUUUAUUGAGUUAAAAAGAUAUUCGCCAAAAUGGAUAUCACGUUGAGACAAAUGAUGAAGAGAAAAAAGUAUUUUAUGAUAACAAAUAUGGUCUCCAGUAAGAAAUACAUAUUGGAGAAAUUUUCUGUCAUUUCUUUUGGGUUGUACCACACGUUUAUUAGUACAAUUGAAACACAUGUAGUGGUAAACCAGAAGUUUACAAAUCUCGAUAACUUCAUAGUUUGGCAUGACCGGUUUGGCCAUCCCGGAUUUAUUAUGAUGCAAAAAUUUAUUUCAAAUACAUGUGGACAUCCAUUGAAAGGUCAUAAAAUUUAUCAGUUUAAAGAUGUACAAUGUGCUACAUGUUCUCGUGGCAAGUUAAUUAUACGAGCAUCACCUGUAAAAGUAAGGAGUGAAUCUCAUACGUUUUUAGAACGUAUACAAGGUGAUAUAUGUGUGCCAAUUCACCCACUAGAUGGUCACAUGUGUGUUUACUAUCAACUCGCAACCUAGCGUUUGCUAGAUUACUUGACCAACUGAUUCGACUAGGAGCACAUUUUUCUGAUUUUCCAAUCAAGAAAAUACGUCUAGAUAAUGCUGGUGAAUUUACUUCACAAACUUUCAAUUACAAUUGUAUGUCCAUUGGGAUUGUUGUUGAACAUCCUCUAGCACAUGUUCAGACGCAAAAUGAUCUUGCAGAAUCAUUUAUUAAGCAUUUGCAAUUGAUUGCAAAACACGUGAUUAUGAAAACAAGCGUGCCAAUUUCUUGUUGGGACAUGCUAUAUUGCAUGUGGAAACAUUACUUCGCAUCAGGCCAACACGUUAUCAUGAAAUUUCCCUCUUGCAAAUAAUUUUCGGUAAGAAACCUAAUAUUUCUCAUCUGAAAAUAGUUGGGUGUGUCGUGUACAUCCUUAUUGCUCCACCACAACGCGUUAAGAUGGGGUCCUCAAAGGAGGUUCGGAAUUUAUGUUGGAUAUGAGUCGCCGUCAAUCAUAAAAUACUUAGAACCCUUGAUGGGAGAUUUAUUAACUAUCAUUUUGCUUAUUGUCAUUUUGCAAAUAAGUUUUUCCAACAUUUGGGGGGGGGGGGGGUGAGAAGAAACAGCUGGAAAAAGAUACUGGUGGGAAUGAAUUAUCAUUAUCUCACCUCGAUCCUCGUACUAGACAAUGUGAACUGGAAGUUCAAAAGAUAAUUCAUUUACAAAGUUUAGCAAACCAACUGGCGGAUUCUUUUACUGACCAGAAGAGAGUGACAAAGUCACACAUUCCACCUGUAAAUGCUCCAGUAAAAGUUGAUGUCCAUGUUGGACAAUCUGGAAUUGCAAAUGAAUCUAGACCACAAAUGAAGCAUGGUAGACCAGUAGGUUUCAACGAUAAAAAUCCUUGAAAAAGUAAAGGAGCUAUGAAUCAAGAAGGUCAAAUCGAGGAUAUGAAAGCUCAAGAAGAGUUCCCAAGCAUAACUAAGAUUGUAGUUCCCGAAGAACAUCAAGUACCUGAAAUUUUUUGAUAAUGAAGAGAUCUCAAUCAAUUAUGUCUUUGAUGGAAAAUGCUGUAACCGAAGUGAAGUAAUCGUUGACGAUGUUUUUGCUUAUGUUGCAGCGUUGAGUGUGAUGAAUGAAAAUGAGGAUCAUGAACCAAGAUCUAUUGAUGAAUGCAAGUCAAGAGAUGAUUGGCCAAUGUGGAAAGAGGAAAUUGAGACAGAAUUAAACUCGCUUUCAAAGCGAAAGGUUUUUGGACAGGUAACCAUUACACAAGCAAACGUAAAGCCAUUGAGAUAUAAAUGGGUUUUUGUGCGGAAAAGAAAUAAAAGGGUGAACUCGUGAGAUAUAAAGCAUGUCUUUUCGCAUAAGGAUUUUCACAGAGACCUGACAUUGAUUAUGAGGAGACAUACUCCCCUGUGGUGGAUGCAACUACGUUUCGAUACUUGAUUAGUUUGCCAGUUUGAGAAGACUAAAUCUGCGUCUAAUGGAUGUUGUGACAAUCUAUUUGUAUGGAUCACUUGAGAAUGAUAUAUACAUGAAACUCUCUGAAGGAUAUAAUUUGCUAGAAACAAGCAAGACACGUUCUCGAGAAACCUUACUAUCAAAUUGAACAAAUCCUUGUAUGGAUUGAAACAAUCUAGACGAGUGUGGUACAAUCGUUUCAGUGAAUAUUUGAUGAAAAAGGAUACAAGAAUGACCUUAUUUGUCCAUGUGUUUUUCUAAAGACACCGGGUCGCGAGUUUGUUAUAAUAUCAGUUUAUGUUGAUGACAUAAACAUUAUUGGAACUCCCGAAGAGCUUCCAAAAGUAGUUGAUUUCUUGAAAAAAGAGUUUGAAAUGAAAUAUUUAGGAAUAACAAAGUUUUGCCUUGGAUUACAUAUUGAACAUUUGAAAGAUGGUAUAUUUGUGCAUCAAGCAGGAUAUGUAGAAAAUGUGCUUAAGAGAUUUUAUUUGAACAAUUCACACCCAUUGAGUUAUCCAAUUGAUAGACCGUCAUUUACACAUGUUUUUACCCCCAUUCUUACACCGUUUGAGGUGUUGAUUCUCGUGUUUUAGGCCGAUUUCACGGUAGGUUGUGCUUGUUUGUGAUAUUUCAGGUCCUAGGACGUGAAUGAAGGCUUAGGAGCGAGUCUGGGGUCGAUUGGACGAGGAUCGGACGCAUGGCGAGGUUCUGAGGAAGUCGCACGGGCACACCCACAACCCGAACGGCCGUGCAAGUGACCAGUUUGGCCGUGCGGGAUCGUGCGUGGGCACGCACGGGAUUGUGCGUGGCCACGCACGGCCGUGCAAGUGACCAGUUUGGCCGUGCGGGAUUGUGCGUGGGCACGCACGGGCACAAGUGAAAUCCGCACGGCCGUGCAACAUACAAUUCUGGCCGUGCGAGUUGGCUGAGGUUCAACUAAUUGAUACGCCGCGUUUUGAGGUGCACGGCCAGAAUGGUGAUGUGCACGGCCGUGCACCCUGGCCGUGCGAGUCGGGAAUGGCUGUUUUUAACCCAAAUUCGAGCCAAAGGAGGGGGAGAGCUGGGUUUUGGAUCCCAAACACCCAAGGGACGAACCCUAGAGAGAGAGAGCGACUUGGGAACAUUCUUGGAGCUAUUUUGGAGGAUUUCUUCGCCAUUGAAGCUCGGGAAUCAAGCUUGGAGAUGGAGAUUGAAGAUCUAGAUCAGAUUUCUGCAGUCUCUCUCUUCUCUAUGGAGUAACUUCCUUUCACUUAGGUUUUGAGGAACCCUAGUUCCAUGAGUUAGGAUCUUUCUUGUAUGAAGUUUUGGAUGCUAUAUUGUUUGAUUAUAAUCGAAUGAUGCAUGUUUAUUGAGUCAAUUGAAGUCUGAUCAACUUUUCCUGAUUUCUGCUGCAAUCUGAGAUAGAUAGAAUCUGAUUAGGUUGCUAGAGUCUCAUCAUUCGGUAGUAGGAGAUUGGCUAUACGAGAGUUAGCCAGUUUACUGCUUUGUACUGGAAUCCAAUUCCAGUAGUGGAGUUCUGUGCUUAUUGCUUCAGCUUUCUAUCCCGGUGAAGACUAGUCGUCUGCCGGAUAGUUAGACUGAGAGGGCUUGGUCAGCUUAAGAGAUUCCAAGCUACUGUCGGAUCUUCCGCAGUUUAAUCAACAGUAAAUCAACCAAAAUGAAUUACAACUUGGACCUAAUUGAGGAGCUAGGGGGAACCAUACCCAAGUGAGUUCCCAAACUGUAAUUAGUAGUUUUACUUAGUUUAGUUAGUAGAGUAGUUUAGUUAAUCAAUCCUUAAUCUAGUUUGCUAGAUAAUGAACUGAAGCUGAGUAAUAGUAACUCUAGAGACCCGUGGAUUCGAUAUUUAUUACUUGUGCCACUAUACUGCAGUCCCUUUCAUUGGUUACACUUGGCCAUUGUUAGGUGUUGUGUUUUGGCAUAUCAAGUUUUUGGCGCCGUUGCCGGGGACUUUCUAGAGUAUUAGGAAAGGCAGAAGUUUGUUACUUUAGCGUUUUUCUUUUUCUUUUUUUUGUUUUUGUUUUUCUUUUUUUUUUCUUUUCCACUCUUGCUUUUCACUUGGGUGUUUUUGUUUUUGUUGGUGCAGAUCUGAAUCAUGGAUCCUCAUGGCUUCUCCAACCAUUGGGGGUAUCCACCACCAUCCGAGUGGUAUUACCCCGAGAGCCCCUGGAGCAAUCAAGGAGGAGAAGACUAUGGAUUCGGGUUUCAGUACCAACCCCCAUUCUACGAAGAACAAUCAGACCCCUGGGUAUUUCAAGAACAAUCUCCUUAUCAAGAAGAAUUCCUCCAUCAGCCAGAUCCAAACUAUCACUUGAGGCUUCUCGUGGACCAGAUUGCUCGAGUACCUGAGACAUCCUUUCCAAAGAUGGAUAUCCCAGACAAUGCCCAAACUGGGUUCUCCUACCGUGAAACAGAGGAGACCCUCCUGAGCAUAAAGAAGAGCCUCGAGGAUCUUGAGAAAGCUUAUGCACAACCUGCUCAAGAUCACCCUUCUGCUAUCAUACUAGAAGAGGAGGAGGAAGACGAAGGCUACAAGGAUAUUGUGGAGCAGACAAAAGUUUUCACGAAAAGCUCUCGUGAUGAUCAUGAUCAGGAAUUUCCUGCCGUAGCCGACCACACCUUCCCACAUCCCAAACUGAGCUUUGAAGAGGCGGGCAUGAGUGAGGAGAUGCAAGAAAAUCUCAUGAAAGAAAUUGCUUGGCAACUUGCUCUCCAAUCCGUGCUAGAAGAAGAAGAGCGAGAAAGGGUGCAGAAAGAAGUUGUAGAGGAUGAAGAAAGUGAAGCAGGAGGAGUUCUUGAUCUUUUCCCAAGGGUGAUACCACAUGAAGAAGAAAGGGGGGUUGAAGAAGCAAUUGGCGUCCAGGCUGAGGAUGAAGUUGAGGUGGAAGAGGCAUGCACCGGCCAUGAGUUGCAAGUAAUAUCCCCACCAAACUUUGAGGAACUGCUUGGCAAGGACCCAUUUGCAGUGUCUCUUUGCCAGACCAAGGCCAGAUCAACAUCGGUCCCUCUUGGUGGACGCGAUGGUGGCCAAUCGAUGCUGUCUUAUCUGGUUUGGAGCAAUGAGACGAGAGAAGAGAAGAAGAGGUCUCGAGGGUGGAGACUUCAUCUGCAUCAAGUACAUGAGCCUUCCUCACCUGCCACACCACAUGCUCGUGACUUGAGACUCCACCUCAUCGACGAGAACCUCAACUUCAAGGAGGUUCUAGCAUGGACCGAAACUUAGGAGCCAUCGUCCGGCUCACGACGUGAAAGAAGCGCUUGUUGGGAGGCAACCCAACCAGUCGGUUUGCAUUUCUUUCUCUAUUUAUCCUCGGUUGAGUCAGUUUUGUUAUUUGAUUUUAGAGUCAAUAACUCAACCUUUGUGAG